GGCGCGAGCGUAGCCAACAGGUGAGUUUCUGUCGCGGCAACUCACGCACACACGCACGCACGGAGGCACGCACACGCACGCAAAAACGGACACGAAAAGGCAGAGACACAGAUAAAGGGAGAGAAAGAGAGAUAGAGACAGAGACAGACCGCCCGUGUAGGAGACUAUAGCAAAGAGAAAAACCAAACUUCCACCUAUCCUCCACCUUUUCCCCUCCCUACCCCUACCCUCCUCCUACCCCUCCCCCUCCUCCUCCUCCUCCCCUCCUGCUCCUCGGCGCUAUCCUCGCGGCGGGCUGAGUAGGUGCCGGGCUAGGACACGGAGCACACGCAGUGGUCAUGAGCCCCCGAGGAUGAUCGCUGCCUGAACUCGUCGAACACACACCACCACCACCACCACCACCACCACAAGACGCGGCGUUCGGUGACUGGUUGACGAGAAUGGUGACGUCACACGCCAGCGUACACCUGGUUGCUCUGGUUGUUUGCUGUUCAGUCUGGUCACAGCCCUCAGAUGGCGCCAAGCUGUACGGUCAGCCGAGACACCUGGAUUUUGAGGCACUUUUGGAUGACCCCCAUUCGGCAGGUGGAGCCUUUCCCUGGAGGGGGCGGCAGGAGGUGGAGGUGGGGGGCGGGGGUGACAGCAGCAGCAGCAGGCGGGGGAGCAGCGGGGGAGACAACCUGUACCUCUCCACCGGCGGCAUCAUAGGAGGGGAGGCUGGAGGCACCCCCCUGGCCCCCCUCACCCCCCUCUCCCCGCUCACCCCACCGGCAGACGAGCGUCCCCCCCUCCACUUCUCCCCUCACGACCUGCUGAGGGAGUUGAUCCUGUCAGCACAGACGCGCCCCCGCCUCCUCGCCCCCCCCUACACCCUGCCCCCCGCCCCCCCACGCCGCGAAGUUGGGCCGGGCGGGUCAGGGGGGUGGCCAUGGCGAGAGGAAGAGGAAGAAGACGAAGAAGAAGAGAAGAAGAAAACCCAGCAGAUGGAAGAGGUCGCGGAGGAGGCAGAGGAAGAGGAGGAGGCGGAGGAGGAGAGGAGGAAAAUGCAGCUGUACAUGGCCCAGCGGCGCCCCCCCGCCCCCCCCACGCUGAGGGGAGGAGGGGGGGCGGGGGUGGAGGGGGGCGUGAAGGUGGAGCGCAAGAGGUGGUGGAGUGGACCGCGCCAAGGCCAGGUGGACCGACGCGCCUCGCAGACCAAACACUAUGACUGCCUCAGGUCCUGCAUCAAGGAGGGAAAGCUUCACCCCAUCCAGUGCCACACGCUCUGCUAGGCGUCAGAGCAACAGGAAGCAGCCACUCCAAUUAAGAAGGAAGGAAGGAAGAAGGAAGGAAGAAGGAAGAAAGGAAGGAAAAAGGAAGAGGAAGAAAGGACGAAAAGAUUAACGUAAUGCAUGAUUAUUUGCCUGUGUGUGUGUGUGUGUGUGUGUGUGUGUGUGUGCGCGUGUUAUAAUCGGAUUACGCAAGACAGGAAGUGAAUAGGGAAGAGGUGUAAUGGAAGAAAGGAGGAAUUCAAACAAACGAAGAGAAAGAGGAAGAGAGACAAGCAAAAUAAAGAAUAUCUACACAUAAUUUAUGGCGGAAGAAGAAGAAGAAGAAGAAGAUAAUGAUGAUGUAAAGAAGCAAAAACCAUAUAAACGGGGCAUAUUACUAGGCAAAACAACAACAACAACAACAACAACAACAACAACAACAACAACAACAACACGACGAAGAGGAGGAAGUGGAGGACCAGAAAAAGGAAGAAGAGGAAGAGGAGGAGGAGGAGGAGGAGGAGGAAGAGGAGGAGGGUAAGAAAAACAUCAACAAAUCGAGUAGACUUUUCCUGGAAGACAGAAAUAAAUGAACAAAAAACAAAAAAUAGACCAUGAGAGAGAGAGAGAGAGAGAGAGAGAGAGAGAGAGAGAGAGAGAGAGAGAGAGAGAGAAGAUAUGGAAAAAAAAACUAAGUAAAAAUAACGUCGAACUAUAUACUUCUCUCCUUUACUCCACUUCCUUUCUUCCUUCCUUCCUUCCUUCCUUCCUUCCUUCCUUAACACAGAUAAACACAUACAAUCUCGGCUGGAUUACAGACCUUAUAGGCGUGUGUGUGUGUGU